GUUUCACCCAUCACAACGCGAUGUUGUUUGACCACAACGACGCGAUGAAAAGUGGUACGUUCCUCCACCGCACUCUGCCAACAGGAGAGGGAGGGUCAACAUGGCGUCCGAGCAGGAGAGCACCAACGGGCCAGGGAAGAAGUCCAUGCGGGAAAAGGCCAUCGAGAGACGAAAUGUCAACAAGGAGCACAACAGUAACUUCAGAGCAGGCUAUGUGCCCAUCGAGGAAGAGCGACUCCACAAAACGGGCCUCCGGGGGCGGAAGGGCAACAUGGCCGUGUGCAUCAUCGUCCUCCUCUUCCUCCUGGCUUUGAUCAACCUCAUUAUUACACUGGUGAUAUGGACAGUGAUCCGCAUCGGUCCAAAUGGCUGCGACAGCAUGGAGUUUCAUGAAUCGGGUCUUCUACGUUUCAAGCAGAAAGCAGACAUGGGCGUUGUCCACCCGCUGCACAAGAGCACUGUGGGAGGUCGUAAGGACCAGGACCUCGUCAUUGUCGGCAACAACAACCCUGUGGUGUUCCAGCAAGGCACCUCCAAGCUGAGCGUGGACAAGGACAAGACAUCGGUGGUCAGCGAUGUGGGAAUAUCCUUCACAGACCCUCGCACUCAGGCCACCUUCUUCAGCACCGACUACGACAACCACGAGUUCCACCUGCCCAAAGGCGUCAAAGUUCUCAGUGUCAAGAAGGCGUCCACGGAAAGGAUAACCAGCAACGCCGCGUCAGACCUCAACAUCAGAGGGGAUGGCAAGGCUAUCAUUCGGGGCAACGAGGGGGUCAAUAUCAUGGGACGCACCGUCGAGUUCAAGAUGGGUGGGGACAUCGAGCUCAGAGCUGAGAACAGCAUUGUCCUCAACGGGUCGGUCAUGUUCAACGCCACACGCAUCCCCAACUCAGAAGGGGACGUGUAUUUUGACGGCGCCACCGAGAGGUACAAACUGUGCAUGUGUGCCGACGGGACACUGUUCCGCGUCCAGGUGAAGUUUCCCAACAUGGGCUGCCAGACGUCCGACAAUCCGUGUAGGAACGCUCACUAGGACACAGGACUGGAAUCUUGAAAAAAAGUUUAUUUUGAUACUUUUUUCAUGCCGCAUACAGAAAAAUGCUUAUGUUGGUUCUUUGCCGAAAUAGUAACUCAAACAUCACUCCAGUGUUUCUUUUUACCGUCCAUUAGUAGUAUUAUUUAUAUCCAAGCCGGUCUGGAGGGUUACACUGUUGUACUUUAUUUGGCAGCUGUGUGUGAUGCGUUUACUGACCCUAAUGAUUCACAGGGGAAGAUUUAUGGCACAGAUGGACAUGGAUUCUCAAACUGAUAGCACCACUGGUGGCACGCAGGCGCCGCCUAGUGGUACUCAAGAACAUCGUGGAUUUUUGGGGGGAUAAAAAUUCAAUUAGAGACAUAUGGAAUACUUGCAUAAAUUUCUAUAGUGCAGUAUCACUACACAGCACUUAUUUAAAUUAAGAUUCUCUAAAACUGGAUCCAUAUUCAAGUAACAUUUUUCAAAAGUAUUAAUGUUUGACUCACCUUGUAUGCCACAAGCCACAUACUCAGUGCUAAACACUGAUAAGUACAAGUAGCAAAAACGGUGGUACUUAAUGUAAAAAGCUUGAGAACAAUUGGCACGAUCUAAUCUAAAAACUAUUUAACCCUCAAAAGGUCAUGAUUAUAAAAAUAAUAAGAAGAAUAAACCGUUUUUGAUUUUAUAUUUCUAUAAUAACUUAGAAGACCUGUUAAGAAAAAAGUUUCCCAGUGUUCCUUUAAAGUAAGUUGGCUAUCAUAACUAGGGUUGGGCAUCGUUUGAAUUUGAACGAUUCAGAUUCCUCGUUUCGAUUCAGGUUCCUAACAAUUCUCGAUUCCAGUGCUUGUACAAGGCAGGGUCAUUAAAGUUUGCAUGGUUUAAAUGAUGUAAUUAACCAGAAUUCUUUUUGGAUGCAAUGUCUGUAAUUCUCCAUGAAUUGUUUAAUAAUAUGAACAUUUUUAUCAGCUUUACUAUGAAUUUCUUACAGGGCUAUUUUCAACCAGUAUAUAAAUAUCAAGGGCCGCACAGUGGUCUAGUGGUUAGCAUGUUGGCCACACAGUCACAGUCAGGAGAUCGGGAAGACUUGGGUUGAAUCUCCGUUGGGCAUUUCUGUGUGGAGUUUGCAUGUUCUCCCCAUGCGUGCGUUUUCUCCGGGUACUCUGCUUUCCUCCCACAUUCCAAAAACAUGCAUGUUAGGUUAAUUGGCGACUCUAAAUUGUCCAUAGGUAUGAAUGUGAGUGUGAAUGGUUGUUUGCCUAUAUGUGCCCUGCGAUUGGCUGCCGACCAGUCCAGGGUGUACCCCGCCUGUCGACCGAAGUCAGCUGGGAUGGGCUCCAGCAUACCCCCGUGACCCUAAUUAGGAGAAGCGGUAUAUAAAAUGGAUGGAUGAAUAUCUUACAGGAAGAAGAUGUUUACUUUUGAAAAGCUGUAUACUUUGUUUUCCUCAAUGUUGAUGUAUGUAAGCUGUUUUUUAUGACAUCUUUAUUUUGUUAAACAGGAUAUAGCCCAAAACACUCUUAUUUUGAUGGCCGGAAGUGUGUUGUGUGAGUUGAGAAGGUCCUGUGACUGUGCAAAUAAAUGAACUUGCCUAGCCGUAGCCGUAGCUCCCGUCCUUUAUUUACACCGAACGUCCACAUUCGCUAGCAUCCUGAAAACCUUGGUUACACUGGCAUGAGACAGACGUCAUUUAUUGUUUGACUUCCUUGAUUUGGAUUGCUUAGAGGAAGUCUGCCGUAGCGCCUCAAAUACGAGGUACUCUGUUAUUCCUACACCAUGAAUGUGUGAACAGUAAUCACCGUCCUUGGCAUGAUAUCAUUGUGUUGCACUCAGCCAGACGCUUUUUUAAAAUUAAGUUAAGACAAACUUUUUAGCUGUCUUCUUCGCUGGUAUUUGCCGGUUUGUUCUUCAUUGGUGUUCGCGGCUAUUUCUUUUGGUCGCCGAAGUGAGCAUCGAAAUGAGGAAUCGAAAUAACAUUUGAACGAUCCCAGGAGAAUCAGAAAGUUAGUCCCGGUUUCCAUCGAUGCUGAAGACUUGAUGCCCAGCCCUAAUUAUAAUAUUAGCAUUAUUAAAGCCUUUAUUGAGUGGUUUGAUGAUUGCUGUGUAACAGAACACUUGAUGCUGAUCAAACAUUUUACUGU